CAUUCUUGAGGCAAGGAAUGCCCUGACGACACCCAGUGACCAUAAGCGGAAUUGCACCAGUUGAGGAGUGAAGCACUCCGCUACCUCCCAGUGGCCCUGGUUGGGAUCCCGAGACUGAGGAAAACCCGCUACUGCCCACUGGACAUUCUGGGGCUAGCACCUGCCGGGCCUUGUGGCCAUGGGCAGAACAGCACCAACCGUAGGGGGCUAGGAGCCAUGGAAGGCAGGCAGCCUCCAGGAGCACGAAAAGGCAAGGAAAGCGAUUCUCCCCGAGUGUCCAGAAGAAACACAGCCCUGCCCACUCCUUGAUUUGAACCCAAGGAGGUCCAUCCCAGACUUAGGGCCUUCAAAUCUUUGAGCCCAAAUAUGCAGCAGCCCAAGGUAGAGAUCAGUGGGUGUGGCUUGUCUGAUGGAAUAAAUCCCGGUAAGACUCAGAGAAGACCCACAAACUUCAAAUAGUUCUUCCAGCAAAAAUGCAACCAGCUGGGGCUGAAAGGGGCAGGCAGUACAAAAUGCACGGCCUCAGGAACUCCAAACUCUUUUUUGCUUCCUAGGUAACACAUUUCCAUCUUCCUAACGUCAAAAUGCUUCAGAACUGAAUUAGUGAUCAGAAAGUUGCCCAAAUAGCGAAUAAUUUUCAACAAGGCAAGAGGGGAAAGCGUCCUCAGCCCUCCGAGGAAGCCAACUGAAAUACCCUCUGGCACAGCACGGCAGCCUCCAAGGGACAGAAUAUCUAGGAGUCUCCUCCCACAAUAGUGCUGAUGGGACGCUGUAACACCAUUCCGGGCUUCCGAUCCCUGAAAUGACCGCGCAAGUUCUCUCCCGCGGAGAGAUUUUUUGCUUCUGCGAGCUCCAGGGCACCAGCCCUGGCUGCACUGUUCACAAUGAAGGGCCCCUCCCUCCUUGCCUUCACUCUUCCCAAACUUUCCACACCGCUCCAGAGGAUGCCGAAGAUCGCGUUACGAGAAGACCCCCGCGACCCCAGCUACGGUGAACGCGGAACCACGGCGAAGACCAGCUGAAACCAAGCAGCCAGCGCCAGCGUAGGUCUGCGCCUGCGCUAGAACCACCGCUCCCAGGAUCCUUCGCGGCCAAGUUGCCUCCCCGCUUCAGAGGCCCCAGCCACGGGAUUCCGGUGGACCUGAAACGCAUGUGGACAAAGCAUGAGCCACCUUCUCCAGACCCUGCCCUUCCCCAAGAGGAAACCAUAGAAAAUGAAGGAAUGGCAGCUAGUCUCACAGUUGGAGCCCAGGGAACCAUGCCCUUUGGCACCAUGACUGCAGCUCUGACCCACCAUGGCUGGAGACCCUUGAUCCCUGCUCCAAGGGGAACUCCAAGGUUCAAGGAAGGGAUACCAGAAAAUGUCAGGAAUCUGGUCCUGCUGGGACUUCCGGUUUCCCAGCCUGGCAUGAACUCCCAGUCGGAACAAAGGGAAGAAGGCCCAUGGAUGCUGGAAGGAGGAGGCCUAAGGAGUACCUGUCCCGACUGGAAGAUUAUGUCUGAAUCACCAUCUGAGCCUGACAUUUCUGAAGACUCAUCCCAAGACACAAAUAUAGAGCUGCCCCCUGGGGAGUCAGAUCACAGGAACAGCGACCUGGGGAAGAGCUUCAACCUAAGACCAGUCCUUUCUCCACAACAGAGAGUUCCUACAGAAGUGAGACCCCAGAAAUGGGAAACACAUACAAGGAGCUUCAAAAAGAAUUCCCCUAUAAUUAAGCCCCACAGAGCCAAACCAUAUACAUGUAGUGAAUGUGGCAAAGCCUUCAGUUAUUGUUCUUCCCUGUCUCAGCAUCAGAAGAGUCACACUGGGGAGAAACCCUAUGAGUGCAAUGAAUGUGGGAAAGCUUUCAGCCAGAGCUCAUCUCUCAUUCAGCACCAGAGGAUUCACACUGGAGAGAAACCUUACAAAUGCAACGAAUGUGGAAGAGCCUUCAGCCAGAAUGCAAACCUCACAAAACACCAGCGAACUCAUACUGGAGAAAAGCCCUACAAAUGUAGCGAGUGUGAGAAAGCCUUCAGUGACUGUUCAGCCCUUGUUCAGCAUCAGAGAAUUCACACUGGAGAAAAACCCUAUGAGUGCAGUGACUGCGGGAAGGCCUUCCGUCACAGCGCAAAUCUUACAAACCACCAGAGGACCCACACAGGGGAAAAGCCGUACAAGUGCAGCGAGUGUGGGAAGGCCUUCAGUUACUGUGCCGCAUUUAUUCAGCAUCAGAGAAUCCACACCGGGGAGAAACCCUAUAAGUGUGGUGCAUGUGGGAAGGCCUUCAGCCAGAGUGCAAACCUCACAAAUCAUCAGAGGACUCACACAGGAGAGAAACCCUACAAGUGCAGCGAGUGUGGGAAGGCCUUCAGCCAAAGCACUAAUCUCAUAAUCCACCAGAAGACCCACACUGGGGAAAAGCCAUAUAAAUGUAACGAGUGUGGGAAAUUUUUCAGUGAGAGCUCAGCCCUUAUUCGCCAUCAUAUAAUCCACACAGGAGAGAAACCCUAUGAGUGCAAUGAGUGUGGGAAGGCGUUUAACCAGAGCUCUUCCCUCAGUCAGCACCAGAGGAUUCACACUGGUGUGAAGCCCUAUGAAUGUAGGGAGUGUGGGAAGGCCUUCAGGUGUAGCUCCGCUUUCAUUAGACACCAGAGACUCCAUGCUGGGGAGUAGCCAGAAAUAGGACCAAGGUGGGUGGGGAAUCUAGCAGGACAUGCAAGUAGUUUAAAAACAUCUAGAGACCUCCUUGGACUUUUACAGUCUGUAACUCAGCCACAUGCGGGAGUACCUUUAAUAAAUAGUCCUGAUUUUA